UCCGGGCAGAUUCGCGAUGUUGCAUUGCAUAUCGUUAUUGAUUUUAGUGUCACUUAUCGUUGCACAUUUGUAUUUUAGAUAUUGUCAUGCAGGACGACUUAUCGCCAAAAUUCCUGGACCGAGAGGCUGGCCUCUGAUAGGAAACCUCUUUCAGGUCUUAUUACCACCAGAUGAACUGUUUUUAUUUGCAAGAAAACUGCGAGCGGAGUUUAAAGGACCCAUAACAAAACUAACUUCUUUCAAUAUUCGCGUGAUUAACAUUUACGAACCAGAAGAUAUCGAGAUAAUACUUUCCACAACCCGUUUCAAUGAAAAACGAAUUCCGUACAGUUUCCUAGCACCGUGGCUCGGCCAAGGAUUACUUGUAAGCAACGGAAACAAAUGGCACCAAAGACGGAAGUUGCUGACUUCGGCGUUCCACUUCAACAUCCUGAAGCAGUUCUGCCACACGAUCAUCGAGCAGACGGAGACGUUGCUGGGCAGUGUGCAGGCCGAGCUCGGCAGCCCCAGGACCGACCUGCUGCCGAUCAUAUCUAAGGCAACUCUUCGUAUUAUGUGCGAAACUUCCAUGGGUACGUCGUUGCGUGAAGGUACAGAAUCAAGGAAAUACUUUUCAGCGCUCCAUACGAUUGGUUAUUGUAUAGUCAACCGAAUGAUCCGGCCGUGGUUGUACCCCGACGAAAUAUUUUACCUCUCAGCAUUUUGGAGAAUGGAAAAGUCUGCCUUGAAAUAUUUACAUAAAUUUACAAACCAAGUUAUUCUAGAAAGGAAAAACUACAAAGCUACCAAUGGAAAAAAUAAUGAUGGUUCGGCAGUGCAUGGUCAAAAAAAGAAACAGGCUUUUUUGGAUUUGCUUCUUAUCAACGAAAUGGAGAACAAAAUAGACGAAAAUGGAAUACGGGAAGAAGUGGAUACGUUUAUGUUUGAGGGUCAUGAUACAACGGCUAUGGCGCUUUGUUUUAUGAUUAUGAGGAUCGCCAACGAAACAAUUGUUCAGAAUUGUAUUUACGAAGAGCUGCAACGUAUAUUUGGCAACGACAGUCACCGACAAGUGACGUUUGAAGACCUGGGCGAGAUGAAGUACCUGGAGUGCUGCAUAAAGGAGUCCCUGCGCCUCUACCCCAGCGUGCCAUUCAUCGCUCGUCAUAUUAAUGAAGACGUCACGUUAGGAGGGUAUACCGUACCAGCUGGCACUAUUUGCCAGAUCAACGUGUUCGAUAUCCACCGAGAUGAAUCCAUGUACCCAGACCCUGAGCGAUUUGUACCGGAAAGGUUUAUCAAUGGGAAACGACAUCCAUAUGCAUACAUACCAUUUAGCGCCGGACCAAGAAAUUGUAUAGGUAUGAAAUUCGCUAUGAUGGAGUUGAAAGUGGUAAUGUGCGGGCUGCUGCGUCGGUUCCGGCUGGAGCCGGUGACGCGCCCGGCGGACGUGCGGUUCACGGGCGACCUGGUGCUGCGGGCCGCGCACCCGCUGUACGUGCGCUUCGUCAGCCGGGACUGCGAUUGCUGAUGUGUGAGCUGCUGCGGGUGCCGCCUGCAGCCGGUGCGCGGCCGGCGGACGUGCGGUUCACGGGCGACUUGGUGCUGCGGGCCGCGCACCCGCUGUACGUGCGCUUCGUCAGCCGGGACUGCGACUGCUGAUGUUGUGGGCCCUGCAUCAGCUGUAAGUGCGCUAGACUACAACGACAAAUGAUGUACCAGCUAAGUACCUAGUUGAGAAUAUGUAGGAACCCGCGGAAGUGCAGUCAAACGAAAAGUCUGGAUCUGGACAUAGUCUAAACGACCAUCAUCUACCAAGCCAAGCCAUUAAUGCCACGUGGUAAUUUCAAUUCAUUUAUAUUUCGAUUUAGCUUUGCCUACCGACUUUCUCAAAUUUCGGGACCAACAAAUCGCUGAUCUGAUCUUUCAGUGCCAAAUCAAAGAUAACAUUUUUAUUAGAAGUACAUAAUAAUUUCCUCAUUAGAUGAUGUGAAGAGCUAUAGGUAUAUAUAUCAUGAUACCAAAAUAAUUUUCACCUUGGGCCUUAACACUUGAAUCCUUCACUAUGCUCAGGAUUAUAUUAUAUUUAUUAGAGUCCCCCGCUACACUCAAGAUUCAAUUAUAAUCCUAAAGUAAAGGAUUUAAGGAGGAGGAGGUUAAGAGUCAAUA